GACUCUCGCACGGCACGCGAGUGCAUGAGAGAGCGGCCAAGAAUAGCAGGGAGCACGCGGGUCUAUCUGUUCCGUAAAUGAGUGCCUGACGGAGGAGGUAUUCGACUGAAGGCGACUGAUCGCACGACCGCUCCCUCCGGUGACCCGUCACAAGGCGAGACUCGGCGCGAUCGACAAGUAAGACUCAAACGAGAACACGGCUCGCGCGCGCGCGAGUUCGCUCGCUCGUAUAUGGAGCAGACUCGCGGGAAACGCCUGUUUCACGUGCCGAAUCGCGUUCGGUGAAGCGAGUGUGUGUGUGUGUGUGAAUGGUGUGUGUAUCGUAUCCGUGUGCGGCCGUGCAUGUGUAUAGUGCAAUCACCGCGAUCGUCGCCGCCACCGCUGUCUUCGUCGUCGUCGUCGUGUCGUAGUUCUGUCUUACACAAAGAGAGAGAGAGAGAGAGAAAGAUAGUGGAAGCACGAAGUUAAAGACGCGCGGUGAAGAACUGGAGAGAAGAGAGCAAGUGAGAGAUAGAGAGAGAGAACAUAGACAGAUAAGUAGUUGGAGGGAAGGAGAGAAGGAGAGAAAGAAAAAGACGGACGAGCAAGCAAGAGCGAGUGAAUGAGCGAGUGAGACCUCGCGCGUGUGCGUCCGUGUCGCGACGCGCCCGCUUGCAUGUGUGUGCGGCCGCGCGCGUGUGCCAAGAAGCAAGAAGGAGCGAAGCCCGUGCGCGCGAGAAGACGUGAAGAAGCGGUCGUCGGAGCUGCUGGCCUACCGCCGUUGCUGCUCCGCCUGCCGCUGAGUGGAGGAGGAGGAGGAGCGCGGACGAGCGCUCGUGCGGGCGCCGUGAACGCGUCGUGCUUCUUAUUACUCGCCGCCGCCCGCUGCCUCCGCCGUCGCCGUCGCCGCCGUCGUCGUCGUCGCCGCCGGGGCAAUGUCUCUCGAGACACGUUCGAGCUCGGCCCUGUUCAAGCGAGCUGAACAGCUCAAACGCUGGGAACAGUCCGAGACGAAUCGCGAGCCCGCACAGCCGCGCCAGGUCGCGCGCAAGAUCAAGUUCUCCGCCGACUGCGUGUUCCUGGCGGCGUGCGCGGCCAGCGACAAGGAGGAGGUCGUGCGCCUACUGCAGAAGGGAGCGGACAUCAACACCGGGAACGUUGACGGUCUCACCGCGCUUCAUCAGGCCUGUAUUGACGAUGACUUGGACAUGGUGGAAUUUUUGGUGGAACAAGGAGCAGAUAUCAAUCGUGGAGAUAAUGAAGGAUGGACACCCUUACACGCUACAGCAUCUUGUGGAUUCAUAUCUAUUGCCAAAUACUUAAUAGAACAAGGAUGCAAUCUAGCAGCAGUUAACAAUGAUGAACUGGCUUUGGAUAUCGCGGAAAGCGACGAGAUGGAAGACAUGCUGCAACAGCAUAUAAAUAAGGCAGGUAUCGAUUGUGAUCAAGCGAGGAGCGAAGAGGAACGGUCAAUGCUGAAUGACGCGAAAGCUUGGCGGUCGGGUGCGCCAGGCAAGGAUUCUAUGCAUCCUAGAUCAGGAGCUACUGCACUUCAUGUCGCCACUGCCAAAGGCUACAUCAAAGUCAUGCACAUAUUACUACAAGCUCGAUGCAAUGUUGAUGCACAGGACUUUGAUGGAUGGACACCUUUGCACGGUGCGGCGCAUUGGGGGCAACUAGAAGCCUGCAAACUUCUUGUUGAGAAUGGCUGUGAUAUGGACAUGAAAAAUUACGCCGGCCAAACUGCUUUCGACGUUGCUGAUGCAGACAUCCUCAAGGCCCUCGAGGAUUUGAAAGAGCAGCAAGCACUUAUGAUGAAAGAGAAUCCGCAGACAAAUAAUAAAAAGCAAUCAUCUAUACCAAAGAAACGCGUCUCAGUAAAUACUGAUAGUACAGUAGCGGUGCAAGAAUCUGCAGACAUCUUUGAAGAGGAAACACCAAAUAAAGUUAAGAAGGUUGAAUUGGAGAUUCAAUCGGACAAAGAAGAUUCCAGCACUAGUACAAACAGUGAUGUCGAAGCAACACGUGAAACACACAUGGAAGAGAGUGAUGGUGAAGGUGAAUCUGAGACUAGCUCAGAAUCACACUCUUCCACUUUCAAUCAAUCUGAUAAGUCUAACCACGCGACAUGUCUUACAGAUGACGAAAAGAAAAAUAGAGUAAACAAAGAUGAAAAUGUGUCCCAUAGUCCAAUAUCUCCAGUCGAAACUAAUAAAGUUCCUAAUCAGGCUCCAAUAUUGCCUCCAAAACAACAGACUGAUAAUAACGAGGAAGGUGUCGUACCAUCUUGGAGACGUUCAGGUUCCUUUCGAAAUAGGAUGCAAAGUACUGAAACUACUAAUUCUACAUCUACAAAACUCGAGGAUAAGGAUAACAAUAUUAAGAUACCAACAGUACCAAACAAAGUUAGUGGAGAGCCUGAAGUGGUAUUAAGAAGAACGCAUAGUUUCGAAACGGACGAAAAGUUUUAUGAGCAGUACUUGGCAUUACGUGCCCGCAUCAAGACGUUCUCCUGCCCUACCCUCCACCGCUGCAAUGCAGCUACUCCUACUCACACCAAUGCUACGACCCGCUCUGCAUCUCUACGCGAAACACACAGAAAAAAAGACGUGAAAUUAAAUUUGGAAUUAUCAAGACUGCCACAAGGAAGCAAUACACUUUCACCAACAUCCGCAUCCAAAACAUUGGCAUCGAGUUUAUUGUCAUCCAUCACAACAACUACCACUGCCACAACAACAACAACAACAACAACAAGUCCUAUUCCAGUCAAUCAAAUCCGCAGUGUUCAACCAGUGGAUGCUGCAUCUACAGUUGUAUCGAAUACAAAUAAUGCAGUAGCAACUGCUCCUGGAACUCCCACUACACCAGGAGGGAGCAAGCUAAGUCCAGGAAAUAUCUUCAAGAAUUUCUUCAAAUCCUUCGUUCCGCCGGUGCGCGAUGAGGAGAGCGAGACCCAGAGGAAAGCCCACGCGAAGAGAGUGAGAGAAACCAGAAGAUCGACUCAAGGUGUAACGUUAGAUGAGAUCAAGAGCGCGGAACAAUUAGUGAAGAAGAAGCAACAGAACAACGAAUCGCCGGUUUUAACGCCAUCCACGCAGCCUACGACUACUACUACUACUGUCAGCAAUACAGCUUCGAUCACAGCUACAAUAACAACCGCAACCUCGCAACCUACCGUUACUACUGCGAAUAAAGUCUCUGAGGAGUCUAAUUUGCCUGAGAGACGACCAUCUUGGCGGUUAAGGGUAGACAAUGGAAGCAAGUUCCAGUUAGAGGAUGCUAAUAAUAAACCAGCUGAUAACACAACGGCCUACAUGAGAAGACCAUCCGGUGGAACUGGUAUACCUAGACCAUCGUCGGCGCCAGUAGAGACUAUUGCCACCAGUAGUACAGAAACUACGAUUACCUUACCACUUAGGAGAUCGUUGAAGCAGCCUGAUGAUAAAGAGCAAGAUAAGGAAAAUGACAGUAGGAACGCACAAGCUACGCAAGCGGUCAUUCAAAGGAGACGUCGGCCUAAAAGGAGAUCAACAGGUGUUGUCCACGUGGACAUGGAUGAAAUUGAUCCUGAGAAACAAGAUAUCACUGCAGGUGGAGACUGUGAUGAUUCCAAAGUCAAUCACAAUGAAGGAACGCAUACUAAGCCAACAACAGCUGCGGGCUUAAGAGCUCAAGCGUCAACAAAUGGGCAAUCAAUUUUUGGAAACAGGUCACGGAUCGGCGGUUUGCUCUCGUUAAAUCAGAAUAAUUUAACGUAUAACACGGGCUUACUCGGCACAAAAAGUCCAAAUCUGUUUUCCGGUUCUAGUUUUCUGAGUAAAAGUAAGAGUAGCGAUUUAUUUCGAAAGAAUCCGUACACGAAUAGCUCGAAUUAUCAAAAUCUCUUCACGACAUAUGGUGGGACAGUAACGGGAUACGGUGGUAUGACUUUACCCUCUCAUACAACUGUCAGUCCCCUGAAUCUGAGUCCAUCUCCUAGUUACAACUAUCUAAAUGCUCGCCCACACAUGCAAAAGACCGAGAGUUUUAACAGAUCCAAAAUAAAACCGAGUCUUAGUAUCAGUUCGAGAAGUUCCAGUCUGCAAAGUUUGACUAGUUCCGAGGGAUAUGCUAGCGGCAACGAUCGUUCUGGGAGAACUAAUAGAUUAGGUUCGAUAUCUUCGUUGUCGGAAGCAUCAUCAGCGCCAAUCAGACUAAAAUCCAAUAGCUCCGAAAACGGUGAAUUAGAUUAUAAAAAAUUAUACGAGGAAUCUCAGGCCGAGAAUGAAAGGUUAAAGGACAAAUUGAAACGUUCCGAUGAGCAACUAAAAGAAGUCAGACAUUUGUUGGAGAAGGCGCAAACCAACCAAAACAAAGUAAUACUUUCCGAGGCAGAGAAAAGGGAAAGGCGAGCCAUGGAAAGGAAACUUUCGGAAAUGGAAGAAGAAUUAAAGGUGAUGGACCAACUAAAAUGCGAAAAUCAGAGGCUAAAAGAUGAAAAUGGCUUGAUCAGAGUAAUCAGCAAAUUGUCCAAAUAA